ACAGAUGUAGUAUGUAUGGAGUCACACCUCAGAGAUGGAGAAAUGAUGGAGGUGGAGGUGGGUCGCCACAACGUUUUGCUGGUAAGCUGUGAUGGGGUUUACAGUGCCAUCAGCAACCAGUGCACACACUAUGGGGCUCCACUGAGCAAAGGUGUCCUGUCAGGUCACAGGGUUCGCUGUCCAUGGCAUGGUUCCUGCUUUAAUGUGAAGAAUGCAGAUCUGGAGGAAUAUCCCGGAAUUGACUGUUUGCCCUGCCACAAGGUUAAAGUUGAAAACAGCAAAGUGUAUGUGUCUGUUAAGAAAAAGAUUCAGGGUCAACCUAAGAGAUUAAAGUGGAUGGGAGCACGAGAUCAAGAGGUGUUUCACACCGUGAUGGUGUUAGGAGGAGGGGCAGCUUCUUUGAGCUGUGCUGAGACGCUUCGGCAAGAAAACUACAGGGGCCGAAUUAUUAUGGUGUCUCGAGACGAUCUCCUUCCAUAUGACAAAACCAGACUUAGCAAGGUGAUGAAUGCUGAGAGUGACAGUCUCUUAAUGAGAAGAAUGGAGUUUUUUCAUAAGUAUGAUAUUGAGGUCUGGCUGAGAAAAGAGUCUAUGUCAAUAGACACAAACAAGAAAACAGUGACAUUUGAUGACGGCUUAAUCCAAAACUAUGACCAGAUCCUUAUUGCCACAGGUUGCAGCUGGGAGAUGCUGGCGGAGAGAGGGGUGGUGUUCCACAUGAAUGACGCCAUAGCGGAGGUUCAAGGCGAGAACAGGAGGGUUAAGGCUGUGACACUGAAGAGUGGCAUCAUUAUUGAAGCUGAUGUGUUAAUAGUUGGAAUUGGUGUAAAUCCCAAUUCAGAGUUUCUAAAAGGGAGUCCCAUAAGCAUGGACUCCAAGAACUAUGUCCUUGUGGAUAAGUACAUGAGGACCAAUAUAAGAGACGUCUACUGUGCAGGAGAUCUGACCUCAUUUCCUCUCAAAAUGGCUAAAGGACAGAGGGUGACCAUUGGCCAUUGGCAGACAGCACAGGCUCAUGGAAGGAACGCAGCCUUCAACAUGUUGCACAGGGAGGUGGAGCUACACACUGUGCCAUUCUAUUGGACCGUCCUGCUGGGGAGAACUAUUCGAUACGCUGGGUAUGGAGAGGGGUACACUGAGAUGGUGCUGAAAGGGAAAUUUGAGAACAUCAAGUUUUUGGCAUUUUACCUCAAGCAUGAUGAAGUCGUGGCUGCAGCAGGAUUGAAUGUUGAACCUGCGGUCUCAGUGGUGGCGGAGAGGUUGGCCGAGGGACGAGUGAUUACAAAGGCUGAGGCAAUGUCAGAUGACCUUAGCUGGUUGAAGCUCCAGCCUCUGUGACAAUAAUGUGAACUCAGAAUGAUCUUCAUUCAGCGAUUCUGUCCACAGUCCAUCCUAUCCAAUUGUGCUUUUACACAAAAGACUCAAAUACUCAAAUGUGUGUUUUUUAAACCAUUGAUACACCGGGGUAUUACAGUACUGUAUGUCUCACCAAAAGCCUUGUACACAGAAGUCACACAGUUUGCCAUUUUUAUAUUCAUAUAUUUAUAUUCAGAGAAGAGACUGCAACUCUCAUACAACUGAGGAAGGGGAGGAAGGAGCAGAAAGUUUAUCGUAUUCUUCUAUGACUGUAGUUCUUG